AUGCAUCUCGAAACUUCCCUCUCCUCCUCCACCCCCUCCCCUCCACCCCACUCCCGCUCCCACUCCUCCUCCCCACCUGCCGAAAACCCCGACCUAACCCGCCUGUAUCACACUCACCACACCCACGGGUAUCUCGCAGGCAUCACGCAGGGAAAAGCGCUACAUCUCCAAUCCGGCUUCGACGAGGGUUAUGAACUGGGCGGCCGAUUCGGGUUGAAAAUCGGGUGGGUGCUGGGCGCUCUACAGGGUCUCACGCACAUCGCCCCGGCUGUGGCACGGGGGGAGCUUGAGAGGGCGGAGCGGGAGUUGGUCUUUGACGGGGUGUUUACGGAGGAGUAUUUCGCGCGGGGGGGUGUUUGGUUGUAUGCGCUUGCGGAGCGGGGGGAGGAGGGGGAAGAGGAGGGGGCGGUUACGCUGGGAUAUGGUUGUGGAGAUGCACCCUCUUGUGAGGAGGUGGGUGUGUAGGGUGAAGGAGUUGGCC